UGAAAGCAAAUAUUUCCUUUAUUCUGCUGCAUUGACGCCAUUUUGAAGACGAGAUGAAAUUGUAUAGAUUGUUUUGCUUUUACUUGCAGUUUUAAUAUUUCAUUAAAUAAUUUGUUCAUUUGUCCUUUAAUUUAAGUUAUUGUCUUUUUGAUGAUGAGACCAAUGUUCACUCAAUGUUUAAACAGCAGUAUGUGUCCUCCUCAGUGUCCACCGGGUCCAAAUUCAGGACCUCCUGGUCCAGGUCCAGGCUCUGGGCCUGUUUUAGGUCCUGGAAGUGAUCCAUUUUAUCCACCGCCAUUUUCUCCGUAUAAUAGGCGCCUCAACCAUAAUUGUACUGAUCUAAGAAUUCACGAAUUGAACAAGAGGUUACAAAACAAGCCAGAGGAAUGUGACAAUGUUUUUUGGGAUAAUUUGACAACUGACUUCUUUGAAGAAGAUGCCACUCUCACGUUAAUAUUAUGUCUUGAGGAUGGAAUUAAACGUUUCACAAUUGGUAGAACCCUUAUACCUCGCUAUUUUCGAAGUCUUUUUGAAGGAGGUGUUACUGAUCUCUCAUUUAAUCUUAGAAAUCCAAAAGAGUCAUAUCACAAUUCAUUAAUUACGCUGGACUGUGAGCAAUGCUCCAUGAUUACUUAUCAUGGCAAAUUUAAUGUUAAUAAGACACCCAUGGGCAAUUUUCCUCCUGGAGUUGAUUCUCAACAGGUUAAAGAUCAAAUGCAUAUAACUAAAGAGACGUCGGUUGUUGUGAAUACAGAAGGUCGAUUAACACUGGAAUUCACUAAUGAUGAUCUCAUGCGUAUAAAGUCAUGGCUUUUUAAUACUCGAAGUUACCAAGAACUAGUACCGAGAAAUUUAAUUAAUAUGUAUGCCCAAGAUCCAUCAGCUUUAGAGCGAUUCAGUAAAGAUAUCACUAGACAAGGUUUUACAAACGCAACAUUAAACUAUCUUAGGCUUUGCUUAAUUUUAGAGCCAAUGCAAGAGCUAAUGGCAAGUCAUAAAAAAUUCGGUCUCGAUCCUAGAGACUCACUUAAGCAAACUCUAUAUGCAAAAUGGCAAAAAACUGUGACUGACCGACCUGAUAGCCAAAGACCAGUAAAUAAAAGAAGAAAACGGAAAUCUUCGGCUUCAAAUAAUGCGAAUGGUGGUGGUGCAACAGGAAAGAAGAAGAACAAUACAUCGAUUUCUCCAGGACCCCCAAGCUUUUCAUUAGCUUCUCAGGAUGUUAUGGUAGUAGGAGAACCUUCCAUGAUGGGCGGAGAGUUUGGUGACGAGGACGAACGCACGAUUACUAGACUGGAAAAUAGCCAAUAUGACCCAAAUGCAUCUGGAGUAUCGAAUGGACUUGAGGAUGGUGACGAUUUCAAUUCUCUCAGUCGAGCGCCAGGAUCCGGUCAAGGACCAGUUCAAGGACCAAAUUCGGGAUCUGGACCAGGCCCUGGACAGCAAGGAAACCUUGGGCAGCCUCAUGGGGCUAAUAUUCCUCCGACAGGAUGGUCGGGACCCGGAGGACCCGGUUCAAAUUCAGGACCUGUGUCCUCCAAUCAAGAUAACAGAGGAAAUAAUCAAGGAGGAAGUGGACCUCAAAGUUCACAAGUCGAUAAAAAGCCAUCUCCUUUGAAUUAAUGCGUAUAUUUGAACAUUAUGUUAAUAAUUUAUUCAAAUUUGAAACGCUGAAGUUUCUGUCUGAUUUUAACAAGCAAUGUCAUUUAAAUUUGAUCUAAAUAGUACAACAAAAUCGAAUAUCUCGAGCUUAGAUUAUUUCUAAGUUUGUAAAUAAAGAUAUCUGCUAAAUUAAAAAAAUUAAGCACAAAACCUAAAUUGUGCAAAACCUUAAGUUUGCUCAAAUUGUCCAUAAGUAUUGUAAGUAUCGGCUUGAAAUAUAAUUUUCCUUUUUUAA